AUAUGCUCACGGGAUCAUAAAAAUCUGGAAGGAGCCGAAGCAGGAUAAGAUUAUAUAUAGUUGCUUCAAAAAUAUCUGAAACUCUGUAACAAAAAAAACAUAUCUGAAAUUCCCACAACAUGAAGACACAGGAGACUGAAAGGAUAAACGAAGAAGGUGAAGCUGAAACCAGGGUGGAGACUGUCGAUCACCGGACUUCAGCGGGGAAAGGCGAAUCCACCGAUGAGAAAGUGGGGGUGGUUCAUCUUAAGCGCAACACGAGGGAUUCUGGCAGUGGUGGUGGAAUUUUGUCUAGCGCAGCUGCUGCAGUGACUAACACCUUCAAGUCUGCAAAGGAUGCCAUCAUGGGCGGUCGUGGCAAAGAUAACACCACCAAAUGAUCAUGAUAUCACCAUCUUUCUAUAUUUUGAAGUAUCCCGUUCGGAAAAAAGCAUUUUGUAGAAAAAUCUUUGCUUGAACCUCGUGGUAAAGUUUUGAGCUAUUUGCUGAUAAAUUGGGUGAAAUUUGACGGCACUAGAACGGUGCUUGUUUGGGCUUUCUUUU